CUUCUCCCAUACAAAAAGUAUCACUCCAUUAAAAAAAAAAGUUUUCUUCGUUUCGUUUUUUCCUCAUUCUCGGUAGAGUUCAGAGAUCCAUUAAGUUAUCUGUAAUUCGACGAAAAUCGAAAAAAAAGGAUUAAAUUUUGAUUAUGGGUUUAGGCAACAAAGUUACCAAAUUCGAUUUCGAUGCUAAUGAUCUCGCCGCCGACGACAGCUCCGAUGGCGAAUCUAUCGACGAAGUUAACGCCUUUGGCUCGGUUCUGUGUUCGAUUUGUAUCGAGUCGGUGACCAAAGAAGGCGAUCGAGCUUGGGCUAAGCUUCAUUGUGGCCACGAGUUCCAUCUAGAUUGUAUUGGGUCAGCUUUCAAUACAAAGGGGGUGAUGCAGUGCCCAAACUGUCGUAAAGUAGAGAAAGGCCAGUGGCUUUACUCAAACGGCUGCCGUUCAACCCCUGAGUUCAGUGCUGAGGAAUGGGUUCAUGAAGAGGAUAUUUAUGAUAUCGGAACCUACUCUGAAAUGGCUUUUGGAGUUCACUGGUGCCCAUUUGGAAGUUCAGCCCGUCUUCCUUCUUUCGAGGAUGGAGAUUUUUCACCGAGUUCAUAUCAAGACCUCUUUGGCCAACAAGGCUACUUUACAGAACCACCAGCAGCGGCGCCAACAGCGGGUCACCCAUGUCCAUAUGUAACUUACUUUGGCCCGGUUCAUUCGUCUUCCUCGAGCACAGGUCCUGUUUCAGACAGUUCAAGUUUCCCUAGUCACUGGAACACCGGUUCAGGUGACGUCCCACCUCCUUAUGGUUUCCCUGUGGAUCCGCACUACCACGGCUGGGAUUAUCAUCAUCACUCGCCUCCUCCACCCCCACCGCCUCAGCACUUCUCUCACGUGGGCAGUCCAACUCGUCCCACUCCUCCGCCAGCUGCUGCAAGGACUUCCCGAGCCAACGGUGGCGGCUCGGAUGUUGUCAGACCGAGACCGCCUCAUUUCAUGCGUCCAACAUAUCAUGCUCACAGUGCUAAUGGUAGAGCGGGGAGUUCGGUGGCGUCUAUUCCCAGGUCACCGCCAUUUCCGGGAAGCAACGUUCGGACCAGAGAUAGAAUGCAAGCACUUCAAGCCUAUCACCAACAGUCUUCUUCUGCACAGUCACCACACCAACCUGAUUCUUCGCCUAUAGUCUCUCAUGGGCCUGUGUUCUCGUCUGGGCGGAGGCCCAGUAGAGGUUCCUUGAUGGGCUCAACUUCAUCUUUGUCGGAUCAGGCGGGUGGGAGUAGCGCGUUUAUCCGGUUUAACAUAUGGGAGAGAGAGCCUCCUUAUAUGCCAUUGCAACCGGCUUACCCGGUUAACCAGAUGGAGAGAGAACCACCAUCCAUUUGGACAUCUUCUUUCAAUGAAGGAUCAGGAAGCCUCCAUCAGAGGCAUGGCCCUGGAGGAUCAUAGUAAGAAGUUUGAGUCAGUGACCGGUUGGGCGAUUCUCCUGAACGUUGGACCAAAACAAAACCAUUUAAAAAAAUGAAUUGGGAAUUUUAUAUUUGAGAAAACCUGGAAACAGAAAAAAAAAAACUUCAUGCUCAAGUUAUCAAAAAAAAAAGACAAAAUGAAUGGUAUGUAGUGAAUGAGGUUUUGAGAGACUGUGUUCCCAAGCUGGUGGUGGCGUGCGGUCCGAGCCGUCUAGGUCCGGUUUGGAUCAAGGUGGUGGCAAAUGGUCGUUGGGUAUUUGUUAUUAUGUUAUAAUGGGGCUACAAUGGGUAUCCAAGUGAAAUACCCUAAUGGAACAUUUGUUUUCUUCUUCUAUAUUUGUUAAAUGUUUCAAACUUUCAAGUACAUGACUUCUUUUUCUUUAGACUAUCACAAUUUGUACAAUGUUGAUUGUUUUCUAUGCAAAAUAAAAUAAGUGUUAAAUUA